AUGAAAAAUGAUGGUCUCGAAAUUUCCGACCGUGGAAACGAAGCCGAACAUUUUUCUCAGUUCUUUCUGUUGGUUUUCACCGCAGAAACUGCCUUCGCCACAACCAGUGACGAGAUCGAGAGUGCACUUAAUAUUGAGCAUAUUUUGUUUGGAGAAGAGACGAUUUUUCAAGAACUAAAAAGCUUGAAGGAAUGUAUAUCUCCCGAUCCAGAUGAAAUUUCCACGAAACUGUUCCGUGAACCAGAUAGAGAACUGACUGAAACACUUUCUCUGAUGUACCAGAAGUCGUUCAAUACUGAAAUCCUUCCUCCAGAUUGA